AAUACUUUGAAAGUUUUUGUUGUUUUGUAAAGUUUGUGAUACCACUACAUCCUCCCAGCAGUAGGUGGCGCUGUCAGCUCCUCUCCCUCUUUGCUCGUAAAGCGCUUGCCGCGGCUGUCUUUGACCGCUGGUGCUAUGAGCUUUGUUUUGAGUAGACAGGUACUUGCCAGCUGAUUUAAAAGAUAAUGGCAGAGGAGCCGGAUGUCGGAGUUUCGUCACGGGCGAAGAAAAAAGCAUUAGAAAAGUCUAAAAUACUGCAACGGGAAAGCGAGAGGAAGAUCUUCAGACUGGUUGGACAGGUCCUGAAGAAACCUGAGGCUGAUCGGUCAGAGGAGGAGGCCGCUGUUUUACGGCUCCACAGAGACACUGCGGAGGAGCUCUGCAAGAGACAAGUCCGCAGAAAUGUGCUCAAGAGAAAGCAGGAGGAGGUAUUUGAUGAUACAGAUGAGCUCAAACAUAAAGUUAAACAACUGGCUGUGGUGGUCAAACAAGCAACUCACUUGGUGGUUUACACUGGAGCCGGGAUCAGUACGGCAGCUUCUAUCCCAGACUACAGGGGUCCUAACGGGGUGUGGACACAACUACAGAAAGGGCACACAGUCAGUUCAUCUGACCUGAGUAAAGCUGAGCCAACUCUCACACACAUGUGCAUUAGGAUGCUUCAUAAGGAAAAGAUGGUGAAGCAUGUUGUUUCUCAAAACUGUGAUGGACUUCACUUGCGUAGCGGUCUACCCAGAAAUUCUCUGUCUGAACUCCAUGGAAACAUGUUUAUUGAGGUGUGUACAUCCUGUUCUCCGGUCAGGGAGUAUGUGCGAUUAUUUGAUGUUACGGAACAGACAUCUCUGCACCGCCACGGGACAAGUCGAAGGUGCGGCCACUGUGGCGGCGAACUCAGGGACACCAUAGUGCACUUUGGGGAACGGGGGAUGCUGGAGCAACCCCUCAACUGGAAAGGAGCUGCAGAGGCGGCCAAGAUGGCGGAUGUUAUCCUCUGCUUAGGCUCCAGUCUGAAGGUGCUGAAGAAAUAUGCUUGUCUGUGGUGCAUGAACAGACCAGCAAGCAAAAGGCCCAAACUCUACAUUGUCAACCUGCAGUGGACACCAAAAGAUCAUCUGGCUGUGCUAAAAAUUCACGGUAAAUGUGAUGUUGUCAUGAGUCUCCUGAUGAAGGAGCUGAACUUUCAUAUCCCGGUGUAUGACAGGGCAGAGGACCCCAUCUUCAGUCUGUCCACACCUCUGCGGCCAGAAGAGGCCAACAGCCACACCCGCGAGGUCAUAGUUCCCCCUGUUGGGCUGCAGGACUACUCGGCUGACCCUGGGGUACAAGCGGAAGCAACCUCCGCUGUGCAGGGUGGGUGGUUCGGACGAGGCUAUGGCAAAGGAAGGAGGAAGAAGAAAAAAAACUGCGUAAUCAAGGGAACUUGAUAGACUGCAACAUUGUGGUCAGAUAGUAGCCACCUACCAGUGAUCAAUCCCAGUGAGGGAAUGAAAUUUCACUGUGAUCUUUAGGGUGCUGUUACUGAGUGGUUUCUGUGAUGUCCUGUGGCUACAUUGAUAUGAUUUAGUCCCAUGCCCUGAAUGUGUGUGCAUGUGUCUGUGAAGGGGAAAAAUAAGAUUAGGUAUUUCCAAUACGAAAAUAGCACUUUGUACCCUGAAAGUGUUUAAUACAACUUACAGUUUUGGGUAGCAGCAAGAUUUAAAUGUGGCUUUUGUUAUGUUACUGUUCUUGCUUAAGCUAGCUGUGCUAGUCAGAAGUAGCCCAGUACGGCUAGCACUGUGAGCAACAGAUUGUGAAUGACAAAACAAUCGAAUUAUUGUAUUGAAAACUGUAUGUUUUAAUGUUUCUGACUUGCACUCUCUAGACUUGAAAAAUGAUAGGAAAUGUUUUUUCUUUGGCACCUUCUCAUGUAUGCUUUCACAGUGGAUUUCAGUAGUAACACAUUUUUAAAGCAGGAGGGAUGAAAAAGCAUCAAAAGAAAAAGUU